UAUACCCCAUCUCUUCUCUCUCCUCCUCCAUCUCAUCUCUCUAAACCCUGCACUUGGAACAUUAUUUUUCUUCCCUAUCAGCAAAAGAGACAGCCAGAGACACUCCCAAACAUUCCCAUCUUUUGUUCUUGUUCAAGCUGAGAAUGGCAGGAGAAGAAAACCAUGCAAUUGGAAUUGAUCUUGGGACAACGUAUUCGUGUGUUGCAGUGUGGCUACAGAAACAUGAUCGUGUGGAAGUUAUAGUGAACGAUCAAGGCAACAGAACAACUCCAUCUAUUGUUGCCUUCACUGCUAAUGAGCGGUUGGUCGGCGAAGCAGCUUCUAACCAAGUCAUCAGAAACCACAUCAACUCCAUCUUUGAUGCAAAGCGGUUAAUUGGCAGGAGAUUCAGUGACGAAUCUGUUCAAAGUGACAUGAAACUGUGGCCAUUCAAGGUCAUUCAAGGAACUGGUGAUAAGCCUAUGAUUGUGGUUACCCACAAAGGCCAAGAAGAGAAGCAGUUUUCUGCUGAAGAGAUCUCAUCUAUGGUUCUCUCGAAGAUGCGAGAGAUUGCUGAAGCUUACCUCGAAUCAACUGUGAAGAAUGCUGUCAUCACAGUCCCAGCUUACUUCAACAACUCCCAGCGUGAGGCUACAAAAAAUGCAGGAAUUAGUGCUGGCCUAAAGGUGAUGCGUAUUAUCAACGAACCAACUGCUGCAGCAAUUGCCUAUGGACUUGAAAAAAGGGCCGGUUGGUAUGGCAAGAGAAAUGUGAUGAUAUUUGAUUUAGGUGGUGGUACUUUAGACGUGUCACUUCUUACCAUUGGAGAUCGUGUGUUUGAAGUGAAGGCCACUGCUGGAGACACUCACCUGGGAGGUGAAGACUUUGAUAAAAGAAUGGUGGGCUACUGUGUUGAGCAUUUCAAGAGGAAGCAUAAAUUGGACAUCAGUGGAAACUCCAAAGCUCUUAGGAGGUUAAAAAAUGAAUGCGAGAAGGCAAAGAGGAGACUUUCAUUUACGACUACUACUGACUUUGAAAUUGACUGUUUGCAUCAAGGUAUCGAUUUCCACAUAACCAUUACACGUGCCAAA